GUUGCAUAGUUCAUGCUGGUCCAUGCUGUAUGUUAAUGAUUUGGCAUUUGGAUCUCUAGAGCACAAAGCCAAAGAAGAUCAAGAAGAAGAAGAAGAAUCCAUAUUAUAAUCAUAAAAUCACACCUGUUGAGUUUAGCGGUUUUUUUUUGUUUAGAUUGCACUGCGGUAAUCAUUCUUGAUUUAUAAAAUGAAUGAUUAUGUAACUGAUGCUUCUCAAGAAGACAAUGAAAUAAAUAGUUCUCUAGUUUUACGAGAUAGGAAUAUAAGUCAUAAAAGAGAAAAUUCUUUAGAUUGGGAGGACUAUUUUAUGGCAGUCGCUUUCCUUUCUGCAAAACGUAGUAAAGAUCCUUCAACGCAGGUGGGAGCAUGUAUAGUUGAUAAAAAUAAAAGAAUUGUAGGUAUCGGAUAUAAUGGCAUGCCGAGAGGAUGUAGCGACGAUGAAUUUCAAUGGAAAAAAAAUACAUCUAAUAAACUUGAAUCAAAAUACCUUUAUGUAUGUCAUGCUGAAGUCAAUGCUAUCCUCAACAAGAAUGUACAGGAUAUUACAAAUUGCGAUAUGUACGUUGGAUUGUUUCCUUGCAAUGAAUGUGCAAAAGUUAUUAUACAAUCUGGCAUAAGUUCAAUAGUUUACAUGUCAGAUAAACAUGCCCACAAAAUUGGGACAAUUGCAGCAAAAAGAAUGUUUAAUGCUGCUGGAAUUACAUACAGGCAGUACACCCCAAAGAACAAGGAAAUUGUAAUAAAUUUCAGUGAGAUCGAUUGGAAUGAAAUGGAACAAUCAGCACCAUCGCCCACUACAAGUUCUCAUUGAAGAAAUGUUUGUAGAAACAAAAGAUGUUGUUAAUAAACAAAGUUUAUUACUA